AUGCGCUACUCAAUUAUUUUCUUCGCCGCUCUCUUUGGAUCUGCUACCGCCACGCAGGUUGGCGAGCUUGAGGACCGUGACAUCCAAGAUGCCGCUGUCUCUGCUCUUCAGGAGCGAGCCCCUGUCAUGAGACCGCCUGGCUGGAAGGGUAUUGGUAUGCCUUACCGUAAAACGCCAUUUCUCCCCAAAGGCCGCCCAAGUCGCCCAAAGCGCCUCCGCGAUCUUGACGCACUUGAGGAGAGGGAUCUCUUUGAGGAUUCCUUCUCUGCUCUUCAGGAGCGGGCUCCUGUCAUGAGACCACCUGGCUGGAAGGGUAUUGGUAGGCCUUACCCCAAGACGCCUUUUCUCCCUAAAGGCCGCCCAACCCGCCGCAAGAGGGAUCUGGACGAACUUGAAAGCAGGCCUUUUCAGCGAAGGGCGAUGCCUGGCUCCAUGCCUCGACGUAUAGGCUCGGGCGGGUCUCGCCCUAACAAGUUUUAUUAUAAAGGUCUUGCGGCCCCUAGGCGCCGUCCCCGCGAUGUUGAGGAGCUCGACGAACGCGACCUUUAUGAAGAUGCAUGGUUUGAUUCGGAGGAGUAA